AUGCCGUCGAAUAAAUCUCCAGGAGCAGACAAAACCAGCAUCCGGAUUAUUAAGGAUUGUCUUCCGGUCAUACUCGGCCCAUUGACAGACAACAUUAAUAACUCAUUUACCACCUCGGCGUUACCUGAGUCCUGGAAAAUAGCAGAAAUUAUUCCACUCUUAAAGGAAGGUGGUCAUGAAGUUGCUGCAAAUAGCCGCCCACUUUCAAUGCUUAAAGUACUAUCAAAGAUCUGCGAAAAAGUUGCCCUAAAUCAAUUUAGCGAUUUUCUUAUCCGCACUGACCGCCUAUCCUCCCAACAAAGUGGAAACAAAAAGUAUUAUUCAACCGAAACACUCAGUAUAUUACUCAAUGAUUUUUUUCUAAAAUCGAUGGACAACAAAAAGCUUACUGCUCUAGUCCUUUUGGACCUCUCAAAAGCGUUUGACAACGUCGACCAUUCAAUCCUGUUAAAGAAGCUAAACAAUUUUAUGGGCGUCCAAAAGGGACAAAAUUAUGAACACACACACAAUUAA